GCAUCAAAGAUCUGUGUCUGUGCGACUAUCAGCGAGUCCGAUCGAGCACCCAUACCCCAUAGUAGCAGUUCUUCUCCUCCUCUACUCAUAAAUUUUAGUGGGUUGGAGGCCAAAUUCUACCUGGGAAAUGACCAAGGUUUAUCCAAAAGCUUUGCCUCUGCCCAAGCCUUCCGAUGGCUGCAUCAAAGCCGGCGCCGAUGAUUCCAGUUCCAGGGUCCUCACCGUGUGGAGAAAGUCGCUGCUUUUCAACUGCGACGGAUUCACCGUAUUCGACGCCGAUGGAAACCUCGUGUAUCGCGUCGAUAAUUAUAUGUCCGGCAACAAGGGCGAGAUCUUCCUUAUGGACGCUUCCGGCACCUCCCUUCUCACUAUCCGCCGCAAGAAAUUAAGCCUGACGGAUAGUUGGUUGGUGUUCGACGGGGAGACGGCGGAUAAUCCGAGAUUUGUUGCGACGAAAAACGUGGUGAACCUGCUCAAAAGCAAAAGCAAGCGCCUGCUGGCUCACGUGACCUCACCGCGGAAGAACACGGCGGUUUACGAGAUUGAGGGGUCGUAUUCGCAACGGUGCUGCGCCGUGUACGACGAGAAGCGGCGGCGAGUGGCGGAGAUGAAGCAGAAGGAAGCCUCCGUCAAAGGGGUAGCUUUCGGGACCGACAUUUUCCGCUUAGUCGUACAGCCAGGAUUCGACGCCACAGUGGCCAUGGCCAUCGUCAUCCUCCUCGAUCAGAUGUUCGGAUCUUCCACCUCCACACGCCGUCGUCUCCUAACCAAUUGAAAAAGAAUAUAUAUAUAUACUGAUGAUUCCUCCUUUUGGGCGGAGCUUGUGGGUUUUUUCGUUUUUGAUAAAAGACCUCAGCGAUCCGCGUAGUGGCCAUCAUCGUUUUGUAAUUCAAUCUUUGGCUCUAGGUGAAGGGUUCUGUGUUUGAUGGAGAGUGGAAGUGGCUACAAACUGAGCAAGCCAUUGUACCUCUUUUCCUAUUUUGCUGUUAAAUAAAUAAUGGGUACAUACAUACACAUUUUAUGCCUCA